AUGCAGAGCACUAUCGCGAGAAACCCGGCACGCUUUCAACCUUUUAUGGGACCAGCGUCGGCCAUCCAAGGACCUACCAGCAACAUCGGUGGGUUCACCAAAAAGACGACUUCAAACGCAAUGAUCUUCAUUGGCUACUGCGCGGGGAAUAUCAUUGGCCCCCAGCUUUUCUUCGAGUCUGAGGCUCCCAGCUAUCUGUCCGGCUUCCUCGCUAUGAUGCUCUGCUUUGGCCUCGGCUUUGCCGCCUGCGUUGCCCUUCGCUUCUAUCUUCCCUGGCAGAACAGGCGGCGCGAUCGCGCUGAUGGUAUGCAUGAGAUCGAGGCUAACGGGGCGGCCCACGGCUCGCUUAACCUGAUGGACAAGACCGACAAGGAGAUUCCACAGUUUCGUUAUCUCUAUUAA